UGAAUGUGCUGAAAAGGACUUUAAUGAAUUUCAUAAAAAAAUAUUUAUUAUAAAGGAUCUUUUGUGAUCUUUCAGUAAGAAGUGUUAGAAUAAAGUGUAUGGGGCUUAAGAAUAAAUAAAAAAUGAAAUCAAAUAACUCUCUUAUAUGCUUCACUGUAUUAACUAUAAUACUAAGCUCCUGGUUGGUGCAAGAAAUCGGAGCUGAUUGUAUUUGGUAUGGAGAAAGCCAUAUGAUAGGAGCACAUUGGGUUAAUAAACAACCUGAAAAACCGGAACCGCAAGAACUUAAAGAUGAGGUCGCAAUUGAAAUAAUAAAAAAACGGUGUCCCGUUUUGUACGAAGAAUAUGAAAAUAAUGGCAAAAUAGAAUUAUGCUGCGAUGCAGCUCAAAUUUACACCAUGGAUGCUGGCAUGACUCAGGCAGAUGGUAUAUAUGCGCGUUGUCCAACAUGUGUGCUCAACAUGGCUUUAUCAAUUUGUUGGAUGACUUGUGGACAAAAUCAAACAGAAUUUUUAAUUCCUCUUAAUAAAGAAGAUGGAAACUAUAAGUAUGUUGCGGAAAUAGAUUAUAAAAUUGAUGAUGCCUUUUCUGAAAAAGUAUAUGAUAACUGCAAAGGCAUACAACAUACACAAACUGGACGACCUGCAUUGGAUUUGGCAUGCGGUCCCUAUAAUGCUAAAACAUGUGACCACAGGAAAUGGUACAAUUUCAUGGGAGAUCAAAGUAUAAAUGAAUUUGUACCUUUUCCAAUUAAUUAUAAAUUUUUGGAUGAAACAUCUGAGGAGGGACGAUUACUACUGUAUCCAUUAAAUUGUUCACAAUCUUACGAGAAUUCGCAUGCUUGUUCAUGUGUUGAUUGUAGUGACUCUUGUCCAAUUGGUAAUGAGCCAACCGGAUUGGAAGAUGGAUUUUUAAUAGCUGGCUUAUAUGGUGUAACAUUUAUAGUCGCUUUAGUAGUGGGCGUUCUUAUAAUCGUUUUGAUUUUCUUCGAUUUUAUGAAUAUUUGUUUGCCCAAAUGGAGUUUACCAGUAUGGUUAAGUGGAUAUAGCGGCGUAAAUAAAAUUUUGUAUAAAAUGUUUAAGGCAUGGGGCACAUUUUGCGCAAAACAUCCAGUAUUAGUUCUUGCAAUUUGUUCCUGGGUAAUCGGUGGACUUGCUUAUGGCAUAAGAUAUAUGGAAGUUAUAACAGAUCCUGUAGAGUUGUGGGCGAAUGAAGAAAGUGAUACACGCGUUAAUAAAGAUUAUUUCGAUUCACAUUUUAGUCCUUUCUAUCGGACUAACCAAAUAUUUCUCAAACCAAAAAAUACAGCUACGUUUACACACGAGACAGAAAAUAUGGUUUUGACUUUUGGACCAGCUUACGAAAAAAAUUUUAUGUUAGAAGUUUUCAGAUUACAGCAAGAAAUUGAAGAUAUCGGUUUGAACGGAGGAGUUCAAUUGCAUGAAGUUUGUUAUGCACCCGUAUUAUAUCCCGGCGAGAAGCCAACAACUGAGAAAUGCCUUGUACAAUCCGUGUUUGGCUUUUUCCAAAAUGAUUUAGAACGAUUUAAUACCGAAUAUGAAGACCAGAACGGUUACACGAUUAAUUAUCUUAAUCAUUUGGAUGAUUGCCUUAGAGUACCAAUGUUAGAAGAUUGUUUUGGUCUCUAUGGCGGCCCUAUAGAACCUAGUGUUGCAGUCGGAGGAAUGCCAAAAGUUGAUCCCAACGAAGAUCCCGACUAUCUAUUAGCAACCGGUUUGGCAUUAACAUUUCUGGGUAAAAAUCACAAUAAUGAAGCUCUUCUGGAACCAAAUUUAGAAUGGGAGAAAAACUUUAUUGAUUUGCUAAAAAAUUAUACAAACAAUUCCAUUGAAAUAGCAUUCUCAGCAGAACGUUCCAUUCAAGAUGCUAUCAUUGAACUCUCCGAGGGUGAAGUUUCAACAGUCGUAAUCAGUUACGUUGUUAUGUUUAUUUAUGUAGCAAUAGCUUUGGGAAAAAUACGUAGCUGUGUGGGAUUCUUCCGUGAAUCUAAAAUUGUAUUAGCUAUAGGUGGUAUAGUUAUCGUACUGGUAUCAGUUGUUUGCAGUUUAGGUUUCUGGGGUUAUUUAAAAGUAACAACAACCAUGUUAGCCAUUGAAGUAAUUCCAUUUUUGGUAUUAGCAGUUGGUGUUGAUAAUAUUUUCAUAAUGGUACACACCUAUCAUCGAUUAGAUCGGACUCAACAUACAACUGUAGCAGAAGCUAUUGGUGAAGCUAUAGGAUUAGUUGGACCCUCUAUUUUGCAAACUGCUGGUUCUGAAUUUGCAUGUUUUGCCAUAGGUGCCAUUUCGGAUAUGCCUGCUGUUAAAACAUUUGCUUUAUAUGCUGCUGCUGCUAUCUCCUUAGAUUUCUUGUUCCAAAUUACAGCUUUUGUUGCACUAAUGGCAUUGGAUGAACGACGUUACGAAUCAGGACGUUUGGAUCUUAUUUGCUGUGUUCGUACAUCUAAAAACGUUGAACAUGAUAAUGAUGUAGGAUUUUUAGAAAAACUAUUUAAAAACUUCUACACACCAUUCCUGUUGUCCAAACCAGUUAAAUUCAUUGUGUUGCUUAUAUUCACUAUAAUCACUUGUCUAUCAUUGAUGGUUGUACCGUCUAUUGAACUCGGCUUGGAUCAAGAAAUGUCAAUGCCAAAGGACUCGCAUGUAGUUAAAUAUUUCCGUUUUAUGUCUGAACUCCUAGCAACGGGUGCACCGGUCUAUUGGGUAAUUAAGCCAGGACUGAAUUAUACUGAAAGAGAUCAUCAGAAUUUAAUUUGUGGCGGAGUAGAGUGCAACAAUAAUUCGAUGUCUGUUAUGUUGUACACACAAUCACGUUAUCCAGAUAUCACUUAUCUUGCACGUCCGGCUUCAUCGUGGAUUGAUGAUUACAUUGAUUGGUUGAGUAUAUCGGAUUGCUGCAAAGUCAACGCAACAAGUGGUGAAUUUUGCCCUAGCAAUUCAAAAAGUGAUGAUUGUGAACCAUGCAGUCGUGAGUUCACAGAGGAUGGCCUAAGACCUUCAAGCGAAACAUUUCGCAAGUACGUACCAUUUUUCUUAUCUGAUUUAGCAGAUGCUGAGUGUGCUAAAGCUGGAAGAGCCUCAUAUGCUGAUGCGGUUAUAUAUACUUUGGAUCAAUAUGGCGAAAGUACCAUAACGGAUACAUACCUAAUGCAAUAUUCUACGACUUCAACUACUUCCAUACAAUUUUAUUCAGCUCUAAGAGAAGCGAAUAGAGUAGCUGAAGAAAUUAAUGACAUGCUUUCGAAAAAUAAUGUAGAUGCUACAGUUUUCCCAUACUGUGUAUUCUUUAUCUUCUAUGAACAAUAUUUAACAAUUUGGGAUGAUGCACUAUUUUCACUAUCUAUAUCUUUGGCAGCAAUAUUUUUGGUGACGUUCUUGAUCACUGGUUUUGAUAUUAUUUCAUCUUUAAUGGUUACAUUCAUGGUGUUGAUUAUACUUAUAAAUAUGGGUGGCAUGAUGUGGGCUUGGAAUAUAACACUAAAUGCGGUCUCUUUGGUCAAUUUAGUCGUGUGUGUUGGUAUUGGUGUUGAAUUUGUAGCACACAUUAUACGCGCCUUUAAAAAUUGUAUUGGUACCAAUCAGGAACGUGCCAGUACAGCGCUCUCAUUGACCGGUAGUAGUGUUUUGUCUGGUAUUACACUUACGAAAUUUGCUGGUAUUGCAGUUUUAGGAUUUUCGAAAUCACAAGUAUUUCAAGUAUUUUACUUCCGUAUGUACCUAGGCAUCGUGCUUAUUGGUGCAGCCCACGGUCUGAUAUUAUUACCGGUUGUACUCAGUUUAUUUGGACCUACAAAUAAACGAAAUAAAGUAGAUUCAAAUAAAAUUGAAGAAAUUAGUUAAGUUUAAUUAGCUUUGUUAGAUAGAGAAUAUGUUUAAUAUGCAAUAUGUAUAUAUAAUUUUUAAUUUUAUACUCGUAUAAUUAA